AUGACAACAGAUUGGGAGGACAUAAAGGAAGAUCUCAGACAGCUCUACCUGGAACAAGAUUUGACCUGUACCGAGGUCAUGUUGGAGAUGCAGAGACGGGGAUUCUACAAAUCAAGACGCUCGUACAAGAACUGUUUCAAGCGUUGGGGCUUUAGAAAGGCUGAGCGACGAGCUGGAGAUCUUGGGACAUUGUCACAAGGAUUGCCGAUCGACCAAGCGAUGCCGGCCGAUGAGGAUGAUACUCCGUCAUCACCGGUCAGCGAUCACGCAGAUGUGAUGUACUCGCAGGCUAACAACCUCGUCUCCUUCGCGCCGAGCACAACCGAGGCAUGCCCUACUAGUCUUUGGGCUCAUCUCUCAGACCUUCCUGAGAUUGAAGAUCCCCUGUCUAUGUUUGACGAGACCUUUGCGAACAUUCUCCUGAACUACCAAGACGAAUCGGGCUACACGGAGCUUCAUCGAGCUGUCAUGAACGAACAAGCCGACGAGGUGAUAGCCUUGCUGAGUGAAGGGGCAGCAAUUGAUAUUGAGGAUUGGAAUGGUAAUCUGCCAGUGCAUUACGCUGCUGACCAUCGAGACGAGAAGAUUGUCAAGCUUCUACUCGGCUAUCGGGUGGGCAAAAUCGUGCCCAUGGUCAAGCAAGAUUCUGCUCGACUCACGCUUGACCAUCGAAAUGCGGACGGGAACACCCCUCUGCAUCUGGCCAUUUCAGCAGGAAGCUUAAACCAUGAUCAUCAAAGGAGCAUUGUGACCCAGCUUCUGGGGACCGGGGCCAAUCCUCAUAUACCCAACAACGUUGGUGUGACUCCGAUACACAGGGCUGUGGAACUCGUCUCACCGACCAUGAGCUGGGAUCAUGGACGUCACGUUGACAAGAUGCUGACGGCCAAGGCCGCCGAUCUCACAACCGAGCAGAUAACAUCUCUGUUCAAGCUCUUCCUCGCAAAUUCAUACAAUGCUUGGGCUGACGUUAACAGUCACCUCAACGCAUUAUUCAGGACCUUUCUGGGCAAUGGCGCUGAUCCGGAUGUAACGAUUUGUCCGAGCUGUGAGCGUCUAUUGACACACUUCUUGCACUGCUGCUUUAAGACUCGCUCUGCCUCCCAGAAGUGUGACACCCGGCUUGCCACCUUGAUAUGUGAGAAAUUAGAUGUCGCAAGAGUCAACAGCAUAGGCGACACAUGCGUACAUGAGCUCAUAAGAUUCCUGGGCUCUUGGUAUUAUGAUCCUUCAAUAUACCAAUUACUCCAGAUCGUGGUAGAAAGGGGAGCGGAUGUCAAUCACCUCAACAUGGCCCGGCAAUCACCUCUGAUGCUGCUCUUGGAGACAAGGCAGCUUGUGGACGACGUCUACACGGUGUUGGCAUUUCUUCUCAGGCGAGGAGCAAAUCCAUUGAUCCCCGAUGCGGCUGGGAACUUUCCGAUAUACGCGGCUGUUCGAAACAAUCCCUGGCUGGGAUCCAAGCUCGCGAAAAUGAUCCUCCACGUUGACAAUGGAUUAGACACCAUCGUCCCCUGGCAGUUUCCACAGUUUACCUGGUGGCAAUCGUGGAUGCACGCUAUCGCCUCAGAAGAUUUGGGCACGUCGGUAACGGUGCUUCAACAGGCUCGCCACUCACCGCCACCGGACAUCCGAGACCUACUAUACCGUCUGGCGUUGGCCGUUCUCACCGAAAAACACUUGCGUCGAGCAAAAGACUGGUAUCAGAACAGUGAGAAAAGUCCUGAGCAACAGAAGCAACACCGGACCACUGUGCUAAAUAUACUCCUGAAGAGCCAGGGGCUGGAUAUUGAUCCAGAUUGGUUUCAAUACCUGCUGAAAUUGUAA